AUGUCCAAUCCUGACUCCCCAGCAGCCGCGAUGGCGGUCCCAGAACCACCCCCCAAGCGCCGCAAAGUCCUCGACCACACCACCGCAGCAGCUCGAUACAGCUCGCCAGAUGAGCUUAACUUACCGACAAUCGAAAACGGGAACGAUAGUAAGGAGAAGCGCAAUUCGACUACUACCGGCACCACACGCCGCCGCCGGCUCUCCACCCACCGAGGCCGUCCUAGCAUGACGCCUAGCAGGUCUCCAAGUGAUGACGAACUCAACGGGGCAUACUACUCUCGCUCCUCCCAUUCAAGGUCGCGUUCACCAACGCGCUCCCCAACGGCCUCGCCCUCCCGCUCUCGCAGCGACUCUCGUACACGAUCGCGCUCGCCGGCAUCUACGUCGGGAGGAAGCUCCCCGCGCAGCUUAGCAGACAAUGUCGAUCGCCGCCUACGCCUUUCACCGGGAACAGGUGAUGUAACAACAGGCGCAGUGACACCGGCGACGCCUACGAGAAAAGGUCCCGUGCGGCCAAAAUAUGAAGAGACGAAGGUUCUGAGCGGGCAUGCUGGCAAGCCCAUCUCGCAAGUGAGGAUAUCGCCGGAUGGGCGCUGGAUUGCCAGCGCAUCGGCCGACGGCACCGUCAAAGUCUGGGAUGCUGCCACUGGAGCGCAUAUGGACACGCUUGUCGGCCACAUGGCUGGCGUAAGCUGCGUCGCUUGGAGUCCCGACAGUGGCACCCUGGCUACGGGAAGCGACGACAAGGCGAUCCGUUUGUGGGAUAGAGUGACGGGUCGUCCGAAGAUGACGGGCAAGGGUGUCGCAGCUCUGGCAAAAGAUGGCAAUGUUCCAUUUGCGAGGCCGAUGCCUCCUUUGCGGGGCCAUCACAAUUACGUGCACUGUCUUGCGUUCUCACCCAAGGGAAAUGUUCUUGCGUCCGGGUCCUAUGACGAAGCUGUUUUCCUGUGGGAUGUGAGGGCUGGGAGAUUGAUGAGGAGUCUGCCAGCACAUAGCGACCCUGUAAGCGGGAUUGACUUUUGCUGCGAUGGGACGUUGGUCGUCAGUUGUUCGACGGACGGCCUGAUUCGUAUCUGGGAUACAUAUACAGGCCAAUGCCUCCGCACCCUCGUUCACGAAGACAACCCCGCCGUAACAUCCGUCUGCUUCUCUCCUAACGGCCGCUUCGUCCUCGCCUUCAACCUCGAUAACAGCAUUCGUCUCUGGGACUACGUUGAUGGCUCUGUGAAGAAGACAUACCAAGGUCACGCCAACAGCCGCUUCGCCAUUGGUGGGUGUUUUGGCAUCGUGCCCGGUGAGGGCGCCUUCAUCGCUUCUGCGAGCGAAGAUGGCGAGAUUGUGCUAUGGGACGUUAUAACGAAAGAGGUCGUCCACAGAAUUCCUGCCCACCGACAGGAUCGAGAUGGAAAGGGAAGUGUAUGCUUUUGGGUCGAUGUACAUGGGGACAACAUGGUGAGUGCGGGGCAGGAUGGGUCCAUCCGUAUUUUCAGGAGAGUGGUGAGCAACGGCGAUGCAGCAGCAGCAAUUGCUGCCGCCGCUGCCGUGGCCAAUGGUCAUGUGGAGGACGGGAUGGAGGAAGAAGAGACAAAGGCGGAGGAGACCAGCAGUACGGAACCGCCAAUAAAACAGGAAGAGGACAUGGAGAUGGCUGGGACAUAA